UUAUUAUUUGAUUUAUUAUCAGUAAAUUGGAUGAGACAACUCGAUCUGUUUACAAAGAAAAUGUGCGUGUGAAUGAGGCUCUGUGUUACCACAUGAAAGAAACAAGUGAGUUGGAAAAAGCUAAAGGGGAACUGGUGACCAAGAACAAGCAGCUAGAAGAAGGAAAAGAAUUGAAUGAUCUUCUUGUUCAAGAGAAAGUAGUGGAAGCCAGGAAACAGAAGAGCCAGAUCCGAGCGUUACAAGAGAAAGUAUCAAGUCUUGAGACUGCACUCAGCCACAUGGUGAAGGAGUUUGAGCGAGAACGCGAGAUUGUUGUCAGCAAGGCUUCCAUCGAGACCGAAUCCAGUAAAGUGGAGAUUGCUAAGCUACUGCGUACAGUUGAAAUGAGAUCGAAAGAAAUGAAUAAAGUGAAACGACUGGCAAAGGCUGUACUUGAUCAGAGGACUGAAAUGGAGCAGUUUUUCCUUGAUUCUUUGGAGCUUGUGAAGAAAGAGAUCAUUGCAAAUCGUGCUAAGUACCGUCGAGAUGCUGCAAUGGCAUACCACAGACGAAUGCUAGAUGCACAUGCUGGCAAAGUAGACUACCCAAAAAUAAGAACCUUCCGUAAUUCCGACACCAGCACCAAUAGUGUUUACAACGACCUGAAAGCGGCUGAAGAUUGGAGUGGACUUGGAGUCCAAUUGGAUCUUAAAGAUUUGACUUGGGAACAAAGAGAGCGCGUUCUCAGACUUUUGUUUGCCAAGAUGAAUGGAAAUAAAGUACGUCCUCACCCUCCGUCUGACGUUGGUCCAAAUAAAACAAGGUUAUCAUCUUCAAUUGAAAGGUUAGCUAUUGAAGGUCCGUCUGAGCAAGAUAAAACUUUUCUAACUCAAGCCCACAUGGAUGGUUCAAUGGAACGUAAUAUCAUACCCGCUAUCACUGCAUCAGCAGGUUCAAUAAAAGCCAAUAUUAUCCCUGAUAUUGGAGCGUCAACAAAAGAUACACAGCAAGAGUUGGCACUAGUCUCAUAAAAUCUGAACAUGGGACUCAAAACCAAGCAAAAUUAAAGACUAAAUCAUAUUCCAAUUCAUAAAU